AUGGCUCUGGAACGGUACGGUACGUCAAGGCUUCGUGCCGCAAGGCAAGACUACGAGUCUGCAGUUGCCCGUCGUCGAUGGUAUAGGGAGGUUGGGAAGGGGCUUCCACCAGGCAUUACGAAUUGGGAACACUACCACUUAGAGGACCCACCCGACCUCAACACUGCCCACCUCCAGAUGCAUAACUUGACGGAGCUUCAUGUAACAAAGUUCGUGCACGGUGGUACGGCUCUUCAGGUAUCUCUGCCUUCACGAAUAGAGAAGGCAGCGUCGGUGGAGCGAACGCACAUCCAUAUUGGGGACUCUGACCCACAUGUCCUCGGACUCGUGAGGAUAGAGCUUGACACAGCUUAUGAUCCCUCCUUGGUUGCAGUAUUCGCCAACGUUGACUUGAGGGAUGAAGCCCAGGUAUCUCUUCGAGUGUUCAGAUUUGACUUUGGGGAUGACAAGGUGGAACAACUUGCAGUGGACAUCCUGGAAUGGAAUGGCUCCAACGAGACAGUCUACCAACUGGGCUCUGGUCCACUGCAGUCCGCUGCCAACCUCCAAGACUCGGUACGACCCUUCUUCGCGAACAACGGCUACAUCCCAAAGACCGACGUCGUUGUUGAGACGGUCAAUGAACUUAUCACGCGAAAGGUUGCUGUCCGUUGCAAUGCCUCAUCUGCAUGGCUACCGAAAAUGACAGCGGUGAACGGCGGCCACGAAGACCGGGAGUUUCCAGCGUAUCCGGUGGGGUGGUGUACCUUGUGUCAACCCGUCGCGACGCCGAAUCAGAGGCCAGCAAACCCUGUAGAGCCGACUCAGACUCCUCCACAUGUUAAUAUGAGGACUGUACUUGGGAACAUUAUCGAUCGAAAGCGCCGCUAUGAUUCUGAUGAUUCUUUAGGCUCCGGCCAGAUCAACCACAUCAACAACGCUGAUAAAUUGGUGAGGCAGGAGGGGCAGAACUGUGUUUGA